AUGAGAGGUUUUGAGAGAGCAGUGGAGUGGCUUAGACCAUUUGUAGAUAGUAAGACUUGGGAUUUCUGUGUUGUUUGGAAAUUGGGUGAUGAUCCUUCAAGGUUUAUUGAAUGGAAGGAUUGUUGCUGUAGUGGUGGUAUUCAUGUCAAAGUGGAAAAAGAUGAGUCGCAGCAGCACUUGGGUCCCUUAUGCAGGGAUGCGCACUUCCAACAUUCCAUAAGAUCAAAGGCUUGUGAAGCUCUUUCCCAUUUUCCUUUUGUCAUGUCCCUCUAUGCUGGGAGUCAUGGAGAGGUGGCUAUGUCAAAUCAACCAAAUUGGGUAAAUCAUGCCAAUGCCUCUGGCUCGGAUUCUUCACAUGAAACAAUGGGAACCCAAGUUCUGAUCCCGGUUUUUGGUGGUCUUAUCGAGCUCUUUGCUUCAAAGCAUAUACCAAAAGAUCAAAACAUCAUAGAGUUAGUAACAACUCAAUGCAAUGCACUUUUAAAACCAGAAGUCACGACUGCAGAAAGCUAUACAAAAGAAAAUCUUGACAAAUGGUAUCACAACGCAUUGCUCGAAAAGGACUUGCAUAACUUGCCAUUUUCCAUUAGCUUGUCAACUUUCAUUCCCAGAAUACAAUCCAUUCCGCUGGCAUCAGAUUCAAACUCCCAUCCUAGCUUGGAUGGAUCGUCCAGGGGUCCCAGUCCCUCAGUUGAACAUCCCCCAUUUGCUUCAGGUUCUGCCUGUAGUUCUCAAGAUGAGCAAUUGAAGCAGCUAAUUGGCACAUACAAUGGGACGAAAAGACUAAGAUGUAGCAAAAAUGUGUCUGAGCAACAAGCAGUAUUUGUUCUGGAUCAUAAGACCAAUUCAGUAAAUGACAAAAUAAGAACUACCAAGAAGCCAGAAAAAGAGAAUUACCAUUCUAAGAAUCUUGUCACAGAGAGGAAUAGAAGGAAGAAAAUAAAAGACGGGCUCUUCAAGCUACGAGCUCUAGUCCCUAAGAUAUCCAAGAUGGAUAGAACUGCUAUUCUUACAGAUGCAAUCGAAUAUAUAGGGGAUUUGCAGGAGGAGAAGAAGAAACUCCAAAAUGAGCUCACGAAAAUUGAGGAAGAGGACUGUGAAAAGAGCAACUUAGAACUGAAGUCUGCAAAGUUAGACAAGCUACAUAAGGACAUGUCUGCUGUUAAGCAGAACCAAGUUUCCUCUGGCCUUGCUGAUAUGGAAAAAAUGGAGGUACAUGUAGAAGUGAACCAGAUAACCAAGAGAGAGUUUCUGAUUAAGCUCUACUAUGAGCACAAGCGAGGUGGCUUUGCAAAGUUGAUGGAGGGUAUAGAUUCUUUGGGACUUCGGGUGAUUGAUGCUAAUGUCACAACAUUUAAUGGAAAGGUGCUCAACAUUUUCAAAGUUGAGGAACUAGUAAUGAGUGAUUUUCCUCUCGGGCUUAUAUUUUCUGCUAACACUGUAUCUGUUACACUUAUGCUAGGCAAACAGGGAUUUUCAUUCCAGGAAAUUGAGAGACUUGUUGACCGACCUACAGAACUAGAUAAAUCAGAUUCCUGCUUCCAUAUACAGUACAGAAAAUGUAGAUUGAGAGUGAGACAAUGUACAGUAAAAUGGACAGCUAGGCUGAGAGACAAGAAACCGUUCCAUUCAUGCAACUUCACUUCAAGCUGCUCCAUCAAUCAUGACUCAGAACUUUUGGCUGUAAAAAUUUAG